AUGACGACCACAGUAACAACCACUACUACAAUAAUAAUAACACCUCCACCAGAAACAACUGGUGGUACCGUCACAUCAUGGCUACCACUCGCAACCACCUGGCCUGCUCCAGACUCCUCAUGUUGGAACCGCGCGUUCGUACUUAACAACAAUACGGCAGUCGACACGGAGCCCCUCGCAUUUUGGCCACAUAUUGCAAUUGACUACAAUACAGGGCCGCCAGUAUUCUGUCAGCCUCGUCAAGUAUACUAUUGGUAUGAGUCUCUGAACUCUACCGCAUCAGAAGGAGAAUUGGCGAUUGUGACAAGUAUUCAGCCGCUUGUGUGCCCAGAUAUGUGGUAUACAGCGCUUACGACCUUUGUCCGAAACAGUGUUCAGGUUACAUGUUGUCCUAGUGGAUAUACUGCGAACCCUCUUGAUGACCACGGAGUGCAAGCAAAUUGCGCUUCAACGUUGUCAGCUCGCCAGACGUUCCAGUAUCUCUACAAUGGUAGUGGCAUAACUACAUCAUUUCCGGUUGCGGUCGACGUCGCUGCUGUGGCAGUGAAGGGGUGGAAUUCGAUUGCCGAGAUUCCAGCUACACUCACCACUUCUCCGACAUAUCCAUCGUCUUCUUCCCCCACCUCCACGAUCUCAUCAUCAUCAUCAUCAUCAUCAACAACAACAACAACAACAACAACAACAACAGCAACGACAACUUCAGCAACAAGCUCAUCAACGGGGGAUACGUCUAUAAGUGGUUCUUCUGGUACUUUAUACUCUUCUUCUCUACACGGAGGAGCCGUGGCCGGCGUCUUUGUCGGUGUUUUUGCUGCAGUAGCCCUAAUCGCUGCCGGUAUUGCCUCUUUUGUGCGGCGUCGACGCCAACAACGAAAACAGCAGCAGCAAAUUCCAGAUAUAGAUGACACUACCAGCGGAAAGAAUAUUCUAUCAUACCCGCUGAAUUCCAGACAGGACGGAUAUUCCAACGUACCUCAAAGUCCUGAAGAUCGGUUGAGUGAAUUACCGACGAUAAGUAAUACGCCUGAAAUGUUUGUGGAAUAUGAUCCUCAUAGUCCAAGAGGGGAUCAUGGGGAUGUGCAUGAGAUGCAGUAA